AUGCAGCAGUACCAAAUGGUUCUCUCACCAGUUAACACUCAGUUGUCGUCUCUGUUGCCAGUAUGCCGAGAUAUCACAACUCCAACAGCACAGAAGGCUGACCAACGCCACCACCUGUCCACGGAAUUGCAUCGGCAACGGCUAGACAGCCAUUUUCAUCGAAUGGAUUCACUUGUGCCGAAAACCUGCUUGCUUAUAUUGUCAUCGAUCCGCCAAAUUUUGGGAGCCGGCCAUGGAGGAGGACCACUUCCACGACACCCUCAAGUACCCCCAGGGGCUCGAUUGUCGCUAGUAGCGGAAUUGCCACCAACCACCAUAUAUGCUGUGUCUGGUCGAGAUUGGUCGAUAGGGGCAGAAGACUCUCCACCAUCCAAGGUGACAGCCCAAAGCUGUCAGACCAUGGAGUUCUUGGGCCAGUUGCUUGAACGCCGCACGGAGGCUGCGCCUCACGAGAGGCAGAACAAAGUCCGCACAACGCCGGUGGAAUUGGGGCUCAUCCCCUUAAUGGCAGUGGGCGGAGACGUAAAAGGAUCGGGGUGA